UUCGAAAACGCAGAAGAAGGAGGAACUGCGAUGAAAACAAAACGACACUCCAAAAUUAAGCUUUAAAUUAAUCACGAUUCUAUUUAUCCUUUUCAAACGUUUCCGCUUAUUUUAUUCUAGUUCGGAUUAAAUGUUUACAAGCCAAGCCUGACAGCCUGAUAGGGGUCAGCUUUUUUCUUUAAGCACAUUUAAAAAUAAAUUGCCUAUCUAGCCUCUAGCUGUCGGCUUCACUGUUAGCUUAGCUUCUGGUCGAAUUUGAUUGUUUCGGGUCCGUUUCUGGCGCAGUUUAGUUAGAACCAGGUACGUAUAAAGGCGAGACAUGUCGGAAGAUUAUGAAUUCAGUGAAGACCCGAGCAUGAUGAGAAUGGAGGAGGAUGGGGAUGCCAACUGUGACGAUCCCAUGUCUGGCUCUGGGGACUGUGGCCUGAUGGGAGGAGAGGCCGACGGAUCGAAGAUCGAUGCCAGUAAAAAUGAGGAGGAUGAAGGGAAGAUGUUUGUUGGAGGCCUCAGCUGGGACACUACCAAGAAGGACCUGAAGGAUUACUUCUCAAAGUUCGGGGAGGUUGUAGACUGCACGUUAAAACUGGACCCAAUGACCGGCCGUUCACGGGGCUUCGGCUUUGUGCUCUUCAAAGAUCCAGAAAGUGUCGAGAAGGUUACCUCACAGAAGGAGCAUAAACUCAAUGGGAAAGUGAUUGAUCCCAAAAAAGCAAAGGCCAUGAAGAGCAAAGAGCCUGUAAAGAAGAUCUUUGUAGGUGGGCUGUCCCCAGACACUCCUGAAGACAAAGUCAGAGAGUAUUUCGGGGCUUUUGGAGAGGUGGAGUCUAUUGAACUUCCCAUGGAGACCAAAACAAACAAAAGAAGGGGCUUCUGCUUCAUUACUUUCAAAGAGGAUGAACCAGUGAAGAUGAUCAUGGAGAAAAAGUACCACAAUAUCGGGCUCAGCAAGUGUGAAGUAAAGGUGGCCGUGUCCAAGGAGCAGUACCAGCAGCAGCAAUACUGGGGAGGCAGUGGAGGAUACUCUUCCAGGUCUCGAGGGAGAGGCGGUGGUCCCAACCAAAACUGGAACCAGGGUUAUGGUAACUACUGGAAUCAGGGAUAUGGGAAUUAUGGAAACUAUGGUUAUGGUAAUCAAGGAUAUGGUGGAUAUGGAGGCUAUGAUUACUCUGGUUACAACAAUUAUUAUGGAUACACUGACUACAACAAUCAGUCUGGUGGAUAUGGCAAGUCACCACGACGUGUUGGUCACACCAACAGUUACAAACCGUAUUAAAGAGGAAAACCCUCACCUCCAAGCAGGUAUGUAGUACUAACAAUAUACUUCUUACUUUAAUACUUUAUUUAGAUUUUUAACUUUGUUUUUGUAAUAUUUGUGUAAGUUUUUACCCGUAAAUUUCUUUUUCUCAAGUGCUUUACAGUAGUGGUAACAUAGAGGCUUCGCUCUUGUGGCGAUUAUUUAAAGCAGCCGGUCUUCUGCUGCCUCUUUUUGCACCUUCUCUUGUGUUUUUUUUUUAAACCGUAAAGUUAACAGGUAAACUACUGCUACUACAGUAAAUGGAUGCCAAAGUUAAGGAUGUGCAAAGGUAACAGAAAAGGAAGUGUGUUGUGUCCUAACUCUGACAUACCUUGUUUGUACCUGCCAGCGGAGCUUCCUUGCAGGCCAUGAGCUGACUCCCAGAUACUCUCAGGGCCCGCUCAAUGCGGACCGGGUAUGAGAAGCAUACGCUCUCGAAUGCUGCCAUUUGGUAUGGUCUUACAACAUCCUGUAUCCGCAUUUCUAAUCUAAACAAUAAGGGACACGUCCAGCUUUGUCAUCUUUCUUUCCAUUUCCUUUUUAAUUUCUCUGCAACUGUUAUGUAAUGGAAAAAGUUAAAAUCUACACAUGUAAUUGUGGUUUUUUUACAGGCCCUUACUCCCCCACAAGUAAUGAUUAUACAUAUGAAUAAAUAACGAUUUGCUUUCCAAAGGAUACAUACAGCAUUCUCUGGAUUUUCCAGUUCCUAAUGUUAAUAUAUGUAUUUAAAAUGCUUGUUUCUUUAUUUAGCUAGUAGUCCAUGAGCUUAAACCUGGUUCGUUUUUGGACUCUACUGUGUUGGGGGAUAAAGUGCUUUAAUUUGUGUAAAUGUAUUGCUCUUGUUUUGUUUUACUGACAGCGAUGGAAAAGACUCCUCUUUUGUUAAUUUCCCUGUAACAUAUUUUCUUCUUAUAUCCAUUGAUUAAAAAAAAAAACAAAAAAACAACACACACACACACACUCAAGUAAAAAUGUCACUACAAUUCCAGAAAUUUGCAUGUAAUGCUCUUCAUAACGUGUAUUUUUGACCAAUCUGAAAGUUUUUUCCAUUUAGUAAUUUGGUUAUGACUUCUUCUUCAGGAUCCCUAGUUUAAUUUAAACAUUUUUUAAAGAUGUAAACUGUUAAAAUAAUUGUCCUCAGCUUGUUAUCUUACUGUUUUUAUCAUAUAGGACAUUAAAAACAGGGGAUUCCUAUCUUUCUUUUAGUAAUUGUGCAGAUGGUCGUUCAUCUAUAGCUGACUUGUUUCUGUUUGUUCCCCGCAGGCUUCAGAGUGGUAAAAGGCUGCAGUGCGCUGGUGAAGCGUUGGCCACAGAGAUGAUCCAGCAAAGACAUGGCUAGUUUUUGAAAGUUAAUGAAGACUGCUUUGACCUACAAUACAUUUCUCCUAUAUUUACCGAAGUAUUUCAGUGUUUUUGCAUUCGUUCAGAUUGCUUCAGAGUUUUUUUUUUCACAUCCUCAUUCUUUCUUGGUUUGUGUUUGAAGUUCUCGGCGGCUGCUUGUGAAUGGCUUCAUGUAUUCCUAACUGAAAUGGUAGUUUUGGUUGGAGAGGAUCACACAUGUAUACAGCAGCAAAGAGACGAGACCACAGUUUACCUACUUUAUGGUGUUCAUCAGUCAAAUGAUACAGAUAUUCUUACAGAGUUUGACAUCCCUAAACAUACAUUAUAUACACGUGAUGUAUUGGACAUUAAAGCGAUCAAAAUAAAAACGACAAACUAGC